UCUUGUACACAAACCACUCUAUAAAACAUCCAAACAGCACCGAGAGAGCAUACCGACAUUUGUGAUCUGCAGCUAACUGACAAGCACAAUGACUCUGAUGAAAAGGAAAGGUACCCUGAGCGCUGUGCUCUGUGUUCUGCUCAGCCUGUUGGUUCCUCAAAGCUCAUGUCAGUCUCUGUUAAGUCCAGAGGAAGAGGUGGCCUUUCUGAAAGUGAGGCUAGCCUUAAUGAAGGAUAACUACAAGCUUCUGUGUAACCAGUACAACACCCUAUCUGUCAAUUGCUCAGCCCCAGCAAUCAGAUGCACAGAAUGUCCUGAUGGAUGGCUCCAGGUGGAUGAUCAGUGCUUCCUUCUCAGCACCGACAAGCACAAUCAGCCAACCAGUGCUAAUAAAUGUAAGGAGAUGGGCGCCCAUCUUGCCAUCUUGACAACCAAAGAACAGCACGACGCUGUGGAAAAAGAAGGCAGGAGGAUUGCAGGGCUUUUCACAAACUACUGGAUUGGACUGAGUGACGCUGAGAAUGAAGGAGAGUGGAAGUGGGUGGACAACUCAAAACUUAAAGUACCAUUUUGGAACGAACACAAGUCAGAGCCAGAUGACAACAAGUCCGGUGGGCCAGAAGGAGAGGACUGUGCUGUGGUGGACAGCUACACCCAGACCUGGUAUGACGUCCCUUGUGACUUCCUGUACCCACGAAUCUGUCAGAAGCCCGCCAACCCCUUGCCAUGAGAAUCCAUCACACUGCAAGACCAACAUUAAGCAAUGAAAGAAUCCAUGCUUUAUUAAAAAGUUUUUU